AUGGUCUCCCCCUUUGAUUGGACGCUGAACGUGGACAGGUCCGUCACCUCCAUCCUCCCUCUUCCCUCACCUCCCUCCUCCCUCACCUCCAUUCUCCCUCCUCCCUCACCUUCCUCCUCUCUCCUCCCUCACCUCCAUCCUCCCUCUUCCCUCACCUCCCUCCUCCCUCACCUCCAUUCUCCCUCCUCCCUCACCUUCCUCCUCCCUCUUCCCUCACCUCCAUCCUCCCUCUUCCCUCACCUCCAUCCUCCCUCUUCCCUCACCUCCCUCCUCCCUCACCUCCAUUCUCCCUCCUCCCUCACCUUCCUCCUCUCUCCUCCCUCACCUCCAUCCUCCCUCACCUCCCUCCUCCCUCACCUCCCUCCUCCCUCCUCCCUCACCUCCAUCCUCCCACUCUCCUCCCUCUCUCCUCCCUCACCUCCAUCCUCCCUCACCUCUCUCCUCCCUCACCUCUCUCUACCCUCACCUCCAUCCUCCCUCACCUCUCACCUCCCUCACCUCCCUCUUCCCUCCUCCCUCACCUCCCUCACCUCCCACCUCCCUCCUCCCUCACAUGCGUGCUUCAUCACAGACAGUAUUGAAUCUUCCUCUCCUCCCUCACCUCCCUCCUCCCUCACCUCCAUCCUCCCACUCUCCUCCCUCACCUCCCUCUUCCCUCCUCCCUCACCUCCCUCCUCCCUCCCUCACCUCCCUCCUCUCCUCACCUCCCUCUUCCCUCCUCCCUCACCUCCCUCCUCCCUCCUCCCUCACAUGCGUGCUUCAUCACAGACAGUAUUGAAUCUUCCUCUCCUCCCUCACCUCCCUCCUCCUCCCUCCCCCCUCACCUCCAUCCUCCCACUCUCCUCCCUCACCUCCCUCCUCCCUCACCUCCCUCUUCCCUCCUCCCUCACCUCCCUCCUCCCUCACCUCCCUCCUCCCUCACCUCCCUCUUCCCUCCUCCCUCACCUCCCUCCUCCCUCCUCCCUCCUCCCUCACAUGCGUGCUUCAUCACAGACAGUAUUGAAUCUUCCUCUCAGCCUUCACCCGUCUCUGGGCUCUCUGACUGAACAUUAUUAUGGGAUGUCAGACCGUGGCGCCCGUUAA